AACUUGAUGGCCAAAUCACAUGACUUUUCCUUCUCCCUUGAGCCCCCUACCUCCAUCUUGCCUAAAUGUAAUUAAUCUGCCUAAGCUCUUUCAUUCUGUGACUGAAAUUCAUCACAGUUUCCAAAUUCAAUAAACACAACUACACAUAGAAUAUUUCCAUAAUCUUACUUCAUAAUUAAAUCCCAGAUGGAGAAAACUUUGAAUCAAGAAGUAGAAGAAAAGGAAGAAGAAACAUUUUACUCUCCCAAUUGUAUAGAGGAGAAAAAUGAAGAGAUGCAAAGCAAUGGUGAUGAGGAAAAAAAGAAGACUCAUCAAUUGAGAGAGUUAGCUGCAAAGCAAGAUCCAGCUUGCAAGGAAGUAGAUGAAGCGACAUUGAGAAGAUUUCUUCGUGCUCGUGAUCUUGACAUCGGGAAGGCUUCCGCGAUGCUGAUCAAGUACAUGGCAUGGAGGCGAAAAUUCGUCCCAAGGGGCUCGAUUUCAGCAUCUGAGGCUCCCAAUCACAUAGCACACAACAAGGUGUUUAUGCAAGGCACGGAUAAGAGAGGCUGUCCCGUUGCACUCGUUUUCGGUGCUAAGCAUUUUCCCAGCAAAGGAACAUAUGAAGAACUCAAACGUUAUGCAGUUUAUGCUUUGGAUAAGAUAUGCUCGAGAAUUCCUUAUGGGGAGGAGAAGUUCACAAUAAUUGUGGAUCUUGAAGGAUUUGGCUACUCCAACAGCGAUGUUCGAGGGUACAUUGCAGUUCUUUCCAUUUUACAGGAUUAUUACCCGGAAAGACUCAAGAAACUAUUCUUUGUUCAUGUAUCGUAUGUAUUCAUGACGGCAUGGAAGAUUGUGUACCCAUUUGUUGACAAAAAUACCAGAAAAAAGAUCACAUUUGUUGACAACAAGAAACUACAAAGUGCUCUGCUGGAAGAGAUAGAUGUAGAUCAGCUUCCACAGAUUUAUGGAGGCAAACUGGAAUUAAUCCCAAUUCAUGAUGCCUAAAUCAAGAAAGGCAUAUAUUUAUUAGAAUUGUGUAAUUGGUAUAGCAUGCUACAUAUUUGUAAUAGUAACUUGUAAAAGGGGUAAGAUAUUGAUGACAGAUAACAUCAUCCCACAUUAAGGAAUUGAAUUCAUCAAUCUUGCAUGACUAA